AAACAAUCCUCCAUAACACAAAACACUAGAAUGGAAGAAACCAAAUCCAUGAAACAGAAAUCCCCAGAAAAUAGUACUAUCACUACUUCAUUAUGGGGAAACUCAUAACCACUUCCAAACCUCUCAUUCUCCAAUCAAAACUCCUCUGUUUUUCUCUGCUCUACCUCUUCACCACACUCUUUCUUGCUCUCUACACCACUCUCUCACAAUCCAAAUGCCUCUUCAGAUCAUCCCCUUUAGAUCCCCUCCAGAAAUCACUUUUCUCUUACCCUUCUUCCUAUGGAGAACACAAAUAUGCUGUCUCUACCACCCGUUCUACAUGUUCUUCCCCUGUUUUCUUUUCAGAUUACUGGGAUGUUGUGAAGGAGAUCAGCAAUUUCAACAAGAAUUCUCUAUCUUCUUCAGGGGUUCUGAGAUAUAUGCAGGGGAAUGCUAAUACAUUUGGUGGGAAUCUCAGCACCCUUGCGAGGUUUUCUUAUUUUGAUCAUCAAAAUGAUACCACAGAAGUCCCCUGCGGAUUUCUGAAGAAGUUUCCAAUCAGUGGUUCUGAUCGAAUUGCCAUGGAAAAGUGUGGCAAUGUGGUUGUUGUUUCAGCAAUCUUCAACGACCAUGAUAAAAUCCGACAACCGAGGGGGCUUGGAUCCAAAACACCAGAGGAUUCAUGUUUCUUCAUGUUUGUAGAUGAUGUUACCCUAAAAGGUCUUGAACAUCAUGGAUUGAUUUCAAUGAAAUCUAGGGAAUACAAGGUUGGUGUGUGGAGGAUUGUGAAGGUUGUGAAAGAGGAUUUGUAUGAGAAUCCAGCAAUGAAUGGUAUCAUACCAAAAUAUUUGGUUCACAGGCUAUUUCCAAAUUCCCAAUUCAGCAUUUGGAUAGAUGCGAAAUUGCAAUUGAUCGUUGAUCCAUUGUUGUUGAUUCAUUCACUUGUUAUAUCUGAGGAUGUGGACAUGGCUAUAUCAAAACACCCUUUUUAUGUUCACACCAUGGAAGAAGCAAUGGCAACUGCAAGGUGGAAGAAAUGGUGGGAUGUCAAUGCCUUGAAGGUGCAAAUGGAGACAUACUGUGAGAAUGGACUACAGCCAUGGAGUCCCGACAAGCAGCCCUACGCAUCAGAUGUACCGGACAGUGCUUUGAUCUUGAGGAGGCAUGGAUUGGGAAGUAACCUCUUCUCCUGUCUCAUGUUCAAUGAGAUGGAGGCAUUUAACCCAAGAGACCAAUUGCCCUUUGCAUUUGUUAGAGAUCAUAUGAAGCCAAAACUGAAGCUGAACAUGUUUGAGGUGGAAGUUUUUGAACAAGUGACAGUGGAGUACAGACACAAUCUCAAGAGCAGUGUCAAGAAAGUGAGUAGUUCAGGAAGAAGGACCAAAAGGGCUGUCCCAGAUUUGUUGUUUGUGAAUAACAGGUGCCAGAAGUAUCUAUCCACAGUGUGGGGAGAGUCCAAUGAUUGAUAAUGAUACCCCACAAGCACAGAAAACAAGCCAAAAAAUAAAAUAAAAUUGAAGAUGAAAAGAAAAGAACCUAAUGAGUAUUUAACAGUUUGGAGGUGAUUAUCAAUGAAAACAAAAGAGACACACACACAAACAAAAGAAAAACAAUUCUUUUAUUUAUACAGAAAAGCUGACAACCUGUUACAGUUUA